GUUUUUUUUUAAACAAAACAAAAUGAAACAAAACAAAACGAGUCACAACUGAUGAAUUUUCUAACUUCUUUUUCGAUAGUGACUUUGGACUUUAGAUUCAUCAGUCGGUAUCUGAGCCUUGCGUCUUGAACGCGGAAUAAAGAUGACCGCAAACCAAAGCCAAAACGACAGUCAAAAGCUUUUAAAUUACAACGAUUACCCGCCAAACAUCCAAACAUCUGGUCUACGGAUUGGCAAAUGUGAGGAUUUGAGUGCAGAUACAACAAGCGAAUGGGUCAGCAAAGUCGUAGCCCUUGUCUUCAUUUUCCUGUUCUGCUUGACGUUGAAUUCGAUAGUCAUUCUUCUCGUCUAUAAAACAAAGAAGCUUCAUAAAGACAUGUGUUACCUGAUCGUCAACAUGGCUUUCUCAGAUAUGUUAGUCAUGGCCCUUGGCCUUGAGGAAUGGCUGAAUAUCCUUUUUACCGAGUCCCGAUCAUGGAAGAUAGGUGGAUAUUUCGGUACAAUAUCCUGCAAGGUAGUUACUCUGCUCCGAUUCGUUGCUCCCAUGGUCUCCAUCACGACUUUGAUAGUCAUAUCAAUGGAGCGUCUAAGAGCUGUAUUAAGUCCAAUUCGCGUUCAACCCAUUAGAAGGCUCUUAUUCUGGUGUCUAGUUGGUCUGUCCUGGCUUUUUCCCUCUGCUAUCUACAGCUACACCCUCUACGCCUUCGAUAUAAUAACCUACGAAGGUGACGUAUACUGUUAUGAUGUAGAUCUUGAUCGAAGAGGAUGGAUCAUCUAUCAUUUUGUUUUCUACGCUAUCUUAAUUCUCCUGUUCAUCCUACUUGUGUCACUCAAUCUGACAAUCAUAAAGAAGCUGCACACUUCCCACAUAGCGGUGUCCCUCCCCGAGAACGAGAAGAAGAAAAGAAUGCAAAAAUUCGUACGAGCUGUAGCAAUGGUGGCUUGCUGUUCAGUAUUAUUUGUCGUGUGUUGGGGUCCCAGGAACUUUUUGAGGUUUUUGGAUCAUCUCGCGGUUGUUCGUUUUGAUUAUUGUUUGUCGAAGAAUUUCUUUUUCGUGAUUGAUUUCUUAUUUUAUUUAAAUUUUUCGUUGUCGCCAAUUGUUUAUUUUGUUUUUCUGAAGGAUUUUAGCGAUGCGUUUAGACAGAUUACCCCUUGGAAAAAUUAAACUAGCCUUGUUUGUAAAAACGCACAUGCAUAAUCUAAAGCAAAGAAAGAAAGAA